UCUCUCCGCGGAGCUUGAAGCUGGGCACGCUGGGGACCAUGCAGAGGGCUGGGGCCGGGGCCCGAAGGGCCUCCGACUGUGGGCCUGCACCUUACCGGCCCAGGUGCAUUGCCAAGCUUGCCCAGUAUGUGGGAUCCUUUCCUGUGGAUGAUUUGGACACUCAGGAGAGUGUGGGCCUCGUACAGCAGCAGCUGUGGGCCCUGCAGGACUGUUCCCGACGCCGGGCUGUCAUCCUGAAAUUCAGUCUUCAGGGUCUCAAGAUCUACAGUGGGGAGGGCGAGGUGCUCCUAAUGGCCCAUGCUCUGAAGCGCAUCCUCUAUGCUACCUGGUACCCAGCCGCCUGCCAGUUUGCUUUUGUUGCCCGGAACCCGCGCAGCCCAGCCAGCAAGCUCUUUUGCCAUCUCUUUGUGGGGAGCCAGCCUGGAGAGGUCCAUAUCCUGUAUCUGCUGCUCUGCCGUUCCUUCCAGCUUGCUUACCUCUUGCAGCACCCGGAGGAGAGGGCACAGCCUGAGCCCUGUCUGGCACCUGUAGGGGACCUGUCCCCGAAGCCACUCUGCAGCCCUGGAGUAGCCCCUGCAUUAGUGCGGGAGCCCUUCAGCCGGGAUCAGCUGUCACAGAAUGUCCAUGCCCUGGUCUCCUUCCGGCGGCUUCCUGCAGAAGGGCUAUUGGGCAGUAAUGGGAAGGAGCUGCCAGAGUCAGAGGGUCGUGGGGGCACCCGUCACAUUCGCCUGGGGAACCCCUACUGCUCACCCACACUGGUGCGCAAGAAGGCCAUUCGCAGCAAGGUGAUCCGCUCCGGGGCCUACCGAGGCUGCACCUAUGAGACCCAGCUUCAGCUGUCAGCCCGGGAAGCCUUUCCUGCUGCGUGGGAGGCGUGGCCCCGCGGCCCUGGUGGCCCCUCGUGCCUGGUGGAGAAUGAGGGAAGCCUGACAGAGAACAUCUGGGCCUUUGCUGGCCUUUCCAAGUCCUGUGCUCUUGCCCUGCUGCGGAGAGAUGUGCAUGGAGCCUUCCUGCUGUGGCCGGAGCCAGGUACCAGCGACCAGUGGAGCCUGUCUGUACGGACCCAGUGUGGCGUGGUACCUCACCAGGUCUUCAGGAACCACCUUGGCCGGUACUGCCUAGAGCACCUGCCAGCCGAGUUCCCCAGCCUGGAGGCCCUGGUGGAGAGCCACGCUGGGGUGGAACGCAGCCUCUUCUGCCCACUCAGCAUGGGCCGUCUCAACCCUACCUACGAAGAGCAGGACUGUGGGACUGAGGGCAGGUUCCCACGGACUCUGCGGCCCCUCAGCCACGCCAAGUCCGAGGCGGAACUGCAAGGCCUGGGCUAGGACGCAGCAAGCCCCCAGUCCCCUGGCCCCUGGGCAGCUGGGGUCAUUCUGCCCUUCCUGCACCCCACCCGCCAGUCACCAGCUACAAACAGGUCAAUCUGCCCCUUGAUUGGUCUUCCAUCACUCCACUGCCAUGGGAGAGGAGCCCUGUGGUUGGAGUUGGAGAUGCCAGGACCUCUCCCAGAACCUGGGGCCAGCUGAGAUACCAGGAUGAGCAGGUAGAGCCAGGACCCUAGUAACCCUCGGUGACUUUGGGGAGUGGCUAUGGCCAGGUUCCUAGUGUCAUCCUGGGGCAGAGGCUUUCGCAGCAGUUCCUGGAGGUGGGUGCAGCCCUUGCUGGAGACGGUGGGGAACCCCAGAACGCUCACCACAGGGAACCAGAUGAUUAAGGAGUUGCUGGUUUGCACCAUCGGCUCAUUUCCUGGAGUCACUCUGAGUGGGACUAGCAGGGAACAAACCACAGUCAGUUUGGUGGCUUUAGGAAGGUGGCACAGUCAGUUUGGUGGCUUUAGGAAGGUGGCAAGUCAGUUUGGUGGCUUUAGGAAGGUGGCACAGUCAGUUUGGUGGCUGCUUUAGGAAGCCACCUCCUGCUGGUGCUUCCUUGAACACAGUGCUGACCGUUGGCCAUGGCUGGCACUGGUCACCUCAGCCCCAUUUGCAGUGGAGAACUAGGAUUAAUGCAAGUCCCACGGGGGGUGGGGGGAAGAUGACAUUAGCAAGGGGCAGUCCAGGGACACAUUCUACAGGAAGUCAGUGGUCCAGCCAGGGAAUGACAAACUCAUGUGUCCCUUAAGUCAACUCCGCAGAAUAUAUGAAUCUAUCCCAAAGAACAGACUUAGGUGGUGGUGGUGCCCGCCUUCAAUCCCAAUGGUUAGAAGGCAGAGGCAGGCAG